GCCAAAACAAGCGGCCGGGUUUAACAGUAUUUUCGACUAAAUUUAAUUAAUUGCGGUCGCAUUGCUUAAGCAACGCAGCCAUUUUUAAGCGAGGCGAAAAGGGAGGUUUUCGGAAUGCAAUCAGUGAUACAGCCCCGAAUAAGGAAAGCCAAAUAUCAAAGGAAUUACGAUAUCGCUCCUGAGCUUUCCUCUAUAGCAGGUUCAUUUUCGGAGGCACCACUAGUCUUCGUCGUCAAUUUCCCCAAUCACAAAGGCCGGCUGCUUCUGCCUCUCGAGAACGUUCAAGCUCUCGCUGAUCUUCCCGAGAUUGUCAAUAUUGAAACUAACAACCAGGAUCAAGGCGUCAAAGUUCUUCUUAUCGUUUAUCGCCCACCAUGUCUUCUUCAUCACGAACAUCACUUUCUGCCGGCGGCGCUGGAUAAUGUGACAGGUAUCAAUGAUUUGGUUGAGCGCUUCCCGAAGAAACUCAACGAGAGGCUGGAAGACGUGCGCCGUUCAACGCCAACGGAUGGCGACGUGCUAGGCUGGGGGUUUCAUGUCAUUGAAGGGCUGAACGUCGCUUUGGUAUCCCUAUUGAAUCUUUUGGUACUUCUUUUCAGCGGUGGUAUUUCUGUUUAGUAUUCAAUUUGGAGGAAGGAUGUUUCGAGUGCGUUGCAGUUGGAGCUUAUAUUGUAACCGUUUGGGUGGCGUUCGUUACCGCAUUGUAUUUC